UAAUUACUCCGGAACUCCCAGAAAGUCCUUCAGUUGCCUGCUCUAAAGUUGUUGAGAGCGGAUCGUACCUCCUUCUCCACCGAUUUGCAUUGGUGGGGCUUCAACUCCAGGCGCCGCCGCUCUGGGAUUAACUUCGGUUUCGCUUUCUCCCCUCGGUUUUAAGGAUUUCAUCUGCAUGCUCCUGUCACCUAACUGCGACGAUGAAUAAGAUGCGGGCAUCUGCGGGAAUGCACGUUGCGCUUUCCCUGCUUAUCGGAGGAUCACUCAUUUGUGCGACCCCUUCCUCCCCGAGGUAUAGCCUGUUUUCAGCGGGAGCCGCUUACUCCAGUUCGGCAACCAAACCCGGGACUCGAAACAAGAACUGGUGCGCAUUUGUCAUCAACAAGAACGUGAGUUGCGCGGUGUUCGACAGGACGGAGACCUCCGCGCACGCAGAGUACGCACCCUGCCCGGCACAUGAAAUCAACUGCCACCCCAUGGUGAGAUAUCGCACCCACAUCACACCUAUUUACAAAAUAGCUUACAAGACGGUGACUGAACUGGAAUGGAGAUGUUGCCCAGGUUAUAAAGGUAUCGACUGCUCAGAGAGCAAAGAAGCUCCACCAAGACCAGCAGUCCGUGGCCCACAUUCAUCCACAACAUCAGAAGAAGACAAAGAAAAGCCCACUUUAAAUGUUGAACCCCAGAGCAAUCAAGGAGAAAAAAUCCGCGUCCUUGAGGAAGAGGUUCACCGUUUAACACAGACAGUGUUGGACCUGCAGUCUGCCAUGACAGGAAUUAAUGAUAACCUAAGGGUGAACAUUCAAGAAGAUACCAGUAAAAUGUUAGUAACACUACUGAACAAUUUGAGGGGUCCAGACAGUGCAUUGGGUGGAGGAACAGAAAGCAUUAACGUCCAAGGUUUUGGAUACGGCAAGGAAAGAGAAGAACUCGAUGAGAUCCUGACUUCUUUAAAUGAUGUGAGGGACACCCUGAAGAGCAAAAGCGAAAUGCUUGAUGAUCUAAAUGGCAAGGUGAACGGCCAUGAGGGUCAACUAAAACAUCUGAUGGAAUCAGCUCAAGAAGUGCACGGAACUGUUUCAUCCUUCGACAUUUACAAAGCUUACAUUGACAGCAAAUUUGAUGCACUGCGUGAUGAAAUGCUGGAAGGAAUCGAGACAAAGAUGGGUGAUCUGAAGAAUUCGUGUGAGUAUAAAAUUCUUUCUGUUCAACAGCAGUGUGAAGACCAGGAGAGCAGCUACAAUGGGCUUGUGGAAUUGUUAGAUGUUAAGGAGGCAGAUUUUAAAAAAGAAAUAGACGAUCUGAAGUCAGAGAUGCAAACACUUAAUGGGGCUCAGAAGGCAAACUGUUGUGCAUCAGUGCUCCAACCUGGUGAAAAUCUGAGUGACUUAAACAAAAAAAUUGAAAGAGUAGCUGAAGCCAACCAAGCCCUCAAUGCAAGAAUGGACAAUGAAUUAGUGCGCUUUUCAACUCUCCACCUGGAGGACAUUUUUGGUGAGCGGCUGGAAGAUCUUGAGUCUAGAAUUAACGUCACAGAAAAAAAUGCGGAAGUGCACUGCAUUUACAUAGAAGAUAAACUUGUCAAAUACAUUAAGGAAGAGGUUGAUGAUCUCAGGGACUUGCUUGACCAACGACUUAAAACUGCAGAAGAGCAGUACAACAACCUACUGGUUGGAAUAAACAACAGCACUGUCAGUGGGCUAGAUAUUGAUAUGGCUUUGACAUUGCAGAAUGAGAUGAUCUCAAGUAAAGACCUCAUUAGCAGUGAGAUGGAAAAGAUACAGAGCAGGCUUAAUGGACUGGAGACCCUCUGUAUGAAUGGGUGCAAGUCAAACGCCAAAGACAUGGAGAAUGUCCUGAGAGGCUUCAAUCAGAGUUUAAAUGAUCUGCAGCUGAGAAAUGAAGCCAAUGCUGCCAUGAUACAGACACUGGGUGACACUGUCCAGAAGGACCUGGGUUUACUUCGGCAUAAUACUCAGAUGGCUCGCAAUAUACAGACUGACCUUGUGACCUCCUUGCAAGGGGAUGUCGGCAUCUUGAGAGGUACCAUCGAAGACUUAGGAGAUGCUAUAAUUCAAUACAGGGAGGAUCUAUUGCUUAUUAACUCUACCUGUGGCCUGAAUGAGCAGACCUGCAUGGAGAAGUUUGAUAAAAAACUGGAAGUCUUAGACAAUCGGUUGUCUGAUAUACUAAUAAAUGAGAGUCAGAUCAAUGAUCUGAAAGACAAGCUGAGCCAACUUAGCUCUCAAGUUACAGCAGAGCUCAGUCAGUGCAAAGAAAACACCCAAGGCAUACAAAAGGAGGUGUCAAAUGUGGACAAUAGGGUGUCUAAUGUGGAGAAUAUGUGCACUAAACUGGAUGGAAUAUCAGGAAGCUUGCAGCGCAUCAAAGAAGGCCUCAACAAACAUGUCACAAGUCUGUGGACCUGUGUGCACCAGAUCAAUGGCACUUUGAGAUCCCACAGCAAGGACAUUUCAGGAAUCAAGGAUUCGGUCCUGAAGUUUCAAGCAGAGGUCUCUGGAAUCGCUAACAACAUUAAGGAGCUCAUUGAAAGUCCAAGCGUUUCAGAUAAAGGCCAUCCAGAAACUUCUGAAAAAAGACCUCCCGAAGCAGAUGUUCCAAGGCAACCUGAAGGGAAAAUCCCCAAACCCACAGCAGGCAAUGGUCCAGUCCCCCCCAUAUCAACUGUACCCUUGCAACCUGAACCAUCCGGACCUAAACCCAAUGGAUCACUGCCUCCUAAAAGGCAGCCACCGCAAAUCCCUGUCAGAACACCGGAGCGGAAGGUUAUCAUGGAGGCAGGAGAAGCAGGACCUCCAGGAACAAUGCGGAAGACAGCAUCUGCGGUUCCAGAGGGAACGGAUGGCUUCAUGACUGAAAUUAAAGGGUUUGCUGGAGCACCAGGCUAUUCACGUGCUGCCACACCGACUUCCUAUCAGCCAAGCAUAAUUCCAGUUGCAGGUCGCCUGCCACUUAAGACGACUUCCUAUCGGCCAAAUGUAAUUCCAGGAAACAGUGCUUAUGGAGCAGAGCCAUUCUCCUUCUCCGUCGGCCUCACUCAGAAGCCUUUUCCUGGUGACUCUGGGGUGGUCCGCUUCAAUAAGGUCCUUGUCAAUGAUGGAGGACACUAUAACCCGCUCACAGGUAUUUUCACAGCACCUUACAAUGGGAGAUACCUGUUUGGUGCGGUUUUGGCCCCAGAGCGUGAUGAACGUGUGGAAGCCAUGCUAUUAGUCUCCAAUGAAAGUGUUGUGCGACUGGAUACAUCCGGCUAUAGAAGAGAACUGCUCGAGUACAAUAAACCACGUUUAGUGAGACAGGCCUGUGGUGGUGUCGGCUCUUUCAAUGUAAUUCUGAACCUGAAGCAGGGAGAUGAAGUGAGUCUAGUGUUGACAGCCGGCAAGCUGGCUUAUGCAGAGUCCAGUGAAACCUUUUCCACAUUUAGUGGUGUCUUCCUCUAUCCGCCUACAACCCAAAGAUAGCAGAGAAAAGAAAAACCGAGCCGAAAUACAGUCUGUUAGAUCCAAAGGAAUUUUUUUGAUACCGUAAAUCCCAAAAGUUGGAUGUUCAACCACUCGACCCUCCUGUAUGAUGAUGUCUUCUAUUGUCAGGACAGCAAUAUGGAUUGUGCACUGCCCCACAGAGCUGCUGUACUGUUCGUUUGAAAUGCAUUAUUAAGCCACACGCUGUUCAGAAUGUCACAGAAAUAUCUUCCUUGAUUAGUUCUCUAAUAUUUUGAGUGACAGGAGCUUCAAAGUUAGGGGCAAAAUUCCACUCAAAUGACUGUACUGUACAAU